CAGUGCACCGUCGCUAUAUCAUGCUGCCGGCCAUCCCCGUUGACCUGAACGCGCUGGUCCAUAAACGGGAACUCCUCGAAGUGGAGACUUUCCUUGCUCCCGGUGAGGACAAGAAGGACCCCUUGUCAUUCAGGGUGAUAUGCUUGGCGCAAUGCAGAAUGAAUCUGUUGCUUCUGGUCUUCUCCUCACUGAAUGGACAAUGGCAUGUUCUUACUUAUGACCAAUGGGGUACGUCGGCCACACUUGCUUCAUUUGUGAAGUCUGAUCCUGGGCUGUCAAGUCGUCAAUUCAUCCGUGGAUGCUUCUAUUGGCAUUUGCAAUUGCAGAACAAAUUACUUGUGCUUGACUUGCGCGCAAUGGAGUUUUCUACUGUCAACCUCCAAUCUGAGUCACUAGGGAGUAAAAGAUUUGUCCUUGUCGAGGCAGAAAAAGGAAUGCUCGGGAUGCUCACUACAGGUAACGGCUAUGAUAAGGACGUCAAAGAUCGCCGAAUUUGGCUCGCGUAUUCCAUUCUGACAAAUAACCAAUGGCAUGUGGAGAAGGUCAUCCCUUUACCGGUAAAGGAUGUGCAUCUAGUUGGUGCAGCCGGGGGAUUCCUGCUCAUGUACACGGUGUACUUAAAAUCUUCACGAGACAAGCUGGAGUUUCGAUACUUUUCGGUGGACCUUAAGACUUUCCAGGUCGAGUUGUUCGCUGCACUUU